AGCCUUCAAGAGCGAGGCUCGCGUGAGCUGAAUUGAUAGCUACUGCGUGUGCGCCGCGCACACAUAUCCGUCGAAAAAUUUCAAAGUUACCAGGCGAGAUUGUCGUGCGAGACACGUGUAUCGUAGUGUGAGUGUUUAAUGUAUGCAAAACCAGGCGGCAAGGUGUAAACACGAGGCAAUCGCAUUUUGGGGUUUAUACGUGAAAGCUGGCAGGAGUAGCACAACAAGGCGUGCGAUCGCGUUUCUUACGCGACGCCCAGCUGAGCGAUUCCGUGAAGAGGAAGAGAAGAAUAAUAAAAAUUAUAUACGCAAAAAGGCAUCCGCACUAAGGAUGCACCGUGUAUGUAAGGAAGUGUAUCUAAGGAGGAUAUCUUUGCAGCCCCAGAUUAUCUUAAUCUGAUGCACACACUGGUUGGGCAUGCUGUUGCUAUUUCUAGCUUAGAUCAAGAAGAACAUGGCCUCUCUCUUCGAAAGCCCUUACCUCUCUAACAGACUCCGACAGAUCGAGGAAAGAUACGAGGAGCCAACUACCUUUGGCAAGUGCGACUGCACCAGUUACAGUUACUUAGCACUUAGCAUUGUACUAUGCACCAUUGGCACUGCCAUCACUGUUUUGGCAUUAGGAGAUGUCGUUGAUGGUCAUAUAUUCUCACACUUGGGACACAUGUGGUUGGUAGGACCAAUUUUCAUAUGCUCGGGCAUCAUGGUUGCAGUCAAGUGUAUACUCUACCUCAGAAGAAAAUCAGUUAUUCAAAUGAUCAUCCACCAGCGACAACUAUUUAGGCAGCACCUGCAGGGCUUCGGCAGCGGGCAGGCGUUGUCGUCGUCGGGCAGCAUGACGCCGGGGCCGCCGGCCUACGAGGCCAUCGCGCAAAGUCAAGGUCCGCUCAUACAUCAGACGGAGCUGCCACCGCCCACCUACGCCGAAGCCGUGGCCCUGCUCCAGCAACAAGACGCAAAGCCGUGCAGCACUGCCGAUAACAUGACCACGACGGUGGAUGCGCCGAGGCCAGCUUGCAAGCCAUGAUGAUGAUGUAUGACACAACUUACUUACUUAAGUGCCUUUUUAUAUACAAUGUAACCCUUAAGUUUUGUCCACGCCGAAGUGCGCGAACGAGGUGAAAGUUUUCUCCUCGCGAUCGAAAAAACACGACGUUUGUCACUGCUGAUAACUGCGCGAAUAAAUGUGUGCGAGCGAGAGACUAUGAUUUAUAUCACGCGGAUAUUUACUUCGUAGGCGAUGCUUUUUCGUUUGUUUUUCUUUCUCUUAUUGAUUAAUCCAACUCCUACAGUCGCUUAAGAGACAACUUUGUACAUAGGUAAUUAAAAAUGAAAAAGCCAAAAUGAUAAUGGCUGCGUAUUUUUGUAUUAUAUAUACCGCAUAAAUCUUAAGACUGCUGCUAUUAAUGCCUUACGUACUAAGAUGAUGCACAGAUUUUCCUCUUCGUAUAUAAUUUUAACAAGGAGGGAAGGGGCGACGAAGAUCAAAUGCGAUUUAGCGAUUUAUAAUGAACCACUAAUUCGAAACAGUAUUAAGUCGAUGCUGAACAAACGAUCAGACUCGAGAAUAACGCCUCGAGCAGAUUUUGUUUCUUUCUUUCCAAUGGUGCACACAAAUUCGUUCUUUUUUCAUUACGGGCAAUUACACUUAAAUGCUCUUUUAACUUACUUUUGAGCCUCAGCUAUGCGGAUAAAGGCUCGUCGGAAUAAUUGCUGACCAUGUGUUGAGUUUAUGUAACUAUAGCUAUUUUAAACGAGUGACGCAACGCAAAAGUGCACACAGUUCGAAUAUGUACGUGUACUUCUGAAAACGUAUAUUUUUAUAGGGAAAGAAAACGAACGCCAUUGUUGUGUCUUAUGAUAAACCUUACAUGCGCAAAUUAAUAUCUAAAGUGAGAUUAAAAUUUGAUGAUUCUGUGUACAUGAUUCAUUUUGUAAACACCACAAGUGCUCAGUCACGAGCAAAUAUCACCCUCUUCAAUUACUGAAUACCAGUUUAACGAAGUCGCCAACUUAAUUUUUAUUAUUCCAUGUGAUGUUUUGUAUAUAAUUAUUAUAAUAAAACAAAUAUAAAAUACGCAGUCUUUUAUUAAACAGUGAUUUCUUAUAAGUUUAUCUCAUACGUAGUAUCUUUGGAAAAAUUAAAAUAAAUUGAAAUUUCAUCUUUAUUAGAUUAUCAACAAGUUUUGUUCUCAUUUUAUUAAUAAAAAAAACUUGUAGAAGAAAAAUCGUAUUUUUACAAAUAGUUCCGUAACAAAAAGUUAUGCGAACCCCACCCAGUCCUUCAUGAUCGAUAAAUAUUUCAAUGUUAAGAUGAGUUGUCAGUCGAAAAAUAUAACAAUGACACUCAUCACAAGCACAAAAUUACAUCUUACACAAAUUACAUUCUUACCAAAACAAUGACCCAAGACUAAACUCUAUUGUUGUUUUCAUUAAAUUUAACAAAUAGACUAUUCGUUGUUAAUCUUAAUAUAAAUUCCACUUGUUUAAAUUAAGACAAGUGAAUCUAGAAACGAUCUAGUUAAUAGGAUAGUGAGCGUUUACGUCGACUUGAUGGUUACGCUUUGCUAAAGCUUUCGUCAACGAUUCGAACGCGAUGCAGUGGCUUUUGUUGUGUAGAAAUAUGUACAAUAUCCGGUGCGCCGAGUUUACGGAUACCGUUGUCGGCAAUAUCGAUUCAAUUCAGUUUGUAAAAACGACGACGAUGUAUCAGUUAUGCACAUAUCAAUAUUGUCGAUCGUCAGCAUUUUUGCUUGAUGUACAAAUCUACUGAACUUUUACGAUGUUAUUUUUUGCAUGCUCUCGCAGAACUUGAUCCAAAGAAAUUAUUUGUCAACCAUUUGUGUAUGCUAUGAUAUUUAUGGCAUUUCGAAAUGUCAAAGCGAUUGAGUUCCCUAUAAAUAUAAUAUAAUAUAAAUAUAAAUAAAAUCCAAGAUUUCAAUGUCUCGUACAAUUACAUCACUUUAAA